UAUAGAAUCAGAUUAAGAAUGAUACAAGUUAAAGAUUAAGAGAACAUGUUUUAAAGUAGGUAUUAUCUACACUUCGAAGAAGGAUAUCAAUCCUAAAAUAUGAAGCGAUUCGUACAUGAUCGACAUACAUAUGUACACACAUACACGUACUUAUGUACUCGAUGAAUCAUGGACAGUUUGCGAAGAUUGCAGUCAUAUUUGCAGAUCGUGAAGAAAUGAAAGCGCAGGACAAUUUCUCAAAGAACGAAACGGAAGACUAUAUCGAGCAGUUCCAUCUAAAGCGAAUUGACAAGUGAAUAAUUUUGGUAUAACGAGAAACACGCAAAAUCCACGAUCAAAAAAGAAUUUUUAAGCAUAGGAUCAGAUAUAUAAAGAGUCCAACUUACAAAUGACGUAUAGGUGCAUGAAUCUAGAGAAAAAUGUAUGAUUUGACGAUAUGUUGGCGAGCAAACUUGAAACUUAUGAUAUCGAUGAGAAAUCAACACAAAUGUGAAAUUGAAAGCGAAUCGAGUAUCUUAAAGAAAGAUCGAAGGAGACAAUAUGGACUCGGAACCGGUGAUGGUUCCGUCUGAUCCGUCGGAAUGGAACUCAAGUCACAUCGCAUCGUGGAUUUCAUGGUGCAGCAACGCGUUUUCUAUAAAGCCAGCACCUAGCACAAUGAAAUUUCCAUCAACGGGCAAAGAGUUAUUAACAUUGUCGUCCGAUCAUUGGCAAGCUAUUCCUGGUGGAAAAAUUUUAGCCCGACACCUGGGUUAUCUUCGGUUCCAGGCAACCGGUAUACAAACGCCAGAUUUGUUCCAAGAAGAGAAAAUUGAUGAGAGGUUCAGCCUCCUCCAACGAACUUGCUCCCUGAUUGGAUCGACAACUGGAGCCGUGGGUUCCGGGGCGGUCGGAGGCGGACAAGUUCAACUCUGGCAAUUCCUGCUGGAGCUGCUUUCGGAUUCGUCCAACUCAUCCUGUAUCGCGUGGGAGGGCUCGAACGGCGAAUUCAAACUUACCGAUCCGGACGAAGUUGCGCGCCGAUGGGGCGAACGGAAGAGUAAACCGAACAUGAACUACGAUAAACUAUCACGGGCGCUCAGGUAUUACUACGACAAAAAUAUCAUGACGAAAGUGCACGGGAAACGAUACGCGUAUAAGUUCGAUUUUCACGGGUUGAUGAUGGCAUGUCAAACUCAAGCUGGUGUCACGUUAGAGGGAUCACCAGCGAACCGAGGUACAGGCGCGAAUUGUCAUCCUCAUCAUUCUCAUCAUACUCAUCAUCUAUAUCCGACAGGACCGUCGAGUUCGCAACAUCCAUCAGCACCACCGCCUCCGCCGCCACCACCACCUCCACCACAUUAUUGUUGGCCUUAUCACAGAUACUCUCCACCAACGUAGCACAGAGUUGGUUGUUUUCUCUUUGUGACAAUGUGAACAAUUUUUUAAACAACCAAGUCAUUCGCGAUAAGUAUCUAUAUCAAUGCAUAAAAGCAAUUGUAAAUUUUACCAUUGUUUUGAAAGUUCUAACGAAUAGAUAUAACUUGCAAUACAAUUUGAAAAGAUAAAUUUAAGCAUUCAGCGAUAAUUAAUAAUUAAUAGGUUUAUUUUAAGCACAGUUAAUGAUUUUUAGUGUGAUGUAUAAAUUAAAUGUUAAGUAUGAAAUAAGCAGGUAUGAUAGAAAAGUAAUAAUCGUAGUUGUAUCUAUUGGUAGGAAGGACUAAAAGUAUUGUACAUAUGAUAAAAUAUUCAAACAGGCAUGUAUGAAGCAAUAGUGUUUUCUUCGUGUUAAGUUCUCAGUAUGUAAGAAUUGUAUU